UGAGGGGACAGGCGGGGACACCCGGCUCGAAGGACCACGAUCAGGACUUUUCCUGUCCCCGCGUCACCCAUGUGUUCUCCGUGUCCCCCCAUCCCACGCGUGUCACCCGCUGUGUUCUGCCCCGUCUCCGUGUCCCCGUCCCCCCUCAUCCUAUGACCGUGUCCUCCCCAUCCCAUGUCCCUGUCUCCUCGUGUCACCCCCGUGUCCCUCCACGUCCUCGUGUCCUCGCUGUGUCCCCCCAUGUCGCUACGUGUGUCCCCCAUCCCUCGUGUGUCCCCUGUCCCCUGUGUACUCCCCCUGUCCCUCCGUGUCCCCGUGACCUCCCCUCGUCCCUCAUGUCCCUUGUCCCACGUCCCCCUCACGUCCCGCACUCCCUGUGUCCCACUGUCCCCCCUGUCCCUCGUGUCCCUCCGGUCCCCUCCCUUCUCAUCUCUUUUCUUUCCCCGAAGCCACCGCAGCUUCUGCUUUCGGGCCGUGGGUGACGCCCCGCAGCACCCACGGGGGAGACGGAGCUGGGGGGGGCUCGCCCGCCCUCCUGGCCCUGAAAGCGGAACCGGGGCCCCGCACGGCUCCUCGGGGGGGCCCGUUCCUCUUUCCGGACCCGGGGCGACACGCGGGGUGAGGAGGUGGCCGCCGGUGUCCCCAGGCCAUGGACCCCCCCCGGCGGGUGCGCCUCAAGCCCUGGCUGGUGGCCCAGGUCAGCAGCCGGCGCUUCCCGGGGCUCCACUGGCUCGACCCCGAGCGCCGCCGCUUCGUCAUCCCCUGGGGACACGCCACCAGAAACCCCCCGGGGCCGCAGGACCACGACACCAUCUUCAAGGCGUGGGCGCAGGAGACGGGCCGGUACCGGGCCGGGGACCCUCCGGACCCCCCGCGCUGGAAAGCCACCCUGCGCUGCGCCCUCAACAAGAGCCGCGAGUUCCGGCUGCUGCUGGACGGGCCCCGCGCAUCCCCGGCCCGGCCCUUCCGCGUGUACGAGCUCUGCGAGGAGCCCCCCGGGGCUGCAGACGGCGGGGACGAGGAUGACUAUGGCUGCAGCGGGGAGGAAGACGUCAGCCAGCUCCAUAAGAUGACAUCCCUGAGCAUCGAUGACACGCAGCACGGGGGGGACGCGCUGCCCCCCUACUCCUGGCCCAAGGAGGAGCCCCCCCCCUUUGCCAGCUGCUGCCCCCCGGGGCCCUUUGGGCCUCUGGCACUGCUCCAGGGGGAGGCGGGGGGCAGCGCCCACGGGACCCCGGAGCUGCUCCCCGGAGCCCUCGCUGAGACGGGGCCCCCCCUGGACCCCCCGGGGCCCUCGUCCAGCUGCCCGGUGGCACCGACAGAGCACCUGGUCCCGGACCUGCUCGUCAGCCCCCACAUGCUGCCACUGACUGACCUGGAGCUGAAGUUCCAGUACCGGGGCCGCCAGGUCUGUGCCCUGACUGUCAGCAACCCCCACGGCUGCCGGCUGUUCCACAGCAGCCUGGAGCCCACGCGGGAGCAGGAGGAGCUCUUCGGGCCCCUGACGCUGGAGCAGGUGCCCUUCCCUGCUCCCGACGCCAUUCCCAACGAGAAGCAGCGCUUCUACACCCACCAGCUGCUGGACGUGCUGGACCGAGGGCUCAUCCUGGAGCUCCAGGGCCAGGAUCUCUUUGCCCUCCGGCUGUGCCAGUGCAAGGUCUUCUGGACGGGGCCCUGCGCCGCUCCCCGGCCUGGCCCCAACCCCAUCCAGAGGGAGAGGAGGACCAAGCUCUUCAGCCUCGAGGGCUUCCUCAAUGGCCUCAUCCAGUUCCAGAAGGGGCAGACCCCCACGCCGCCCCCCUUUGAGAUCUUCCUGUGCUUCGGCGAGGAGUGGCCGGACCAGAAGCCCAAGGAGAAGAAGCUGAUCACGGUGCAGGUGGUGCCGGUGGCGGCGCGGCUGCUGCUGGAGAUGUUCUCCGGGGAGCUGUCCUGGUCGGCCGACAGCAUCCCGCUGCAGAUCUCGCACCCCGACCUCAAGGACAGGAUGGUGGAGCAGUUCAAGGAGCUGCACCAGCUCUGGCAGAGCCACCAGCGGCUGCCGCCGGCGCAGCCCCUGCCCGGCCCCUCCGCAGGGCCCUGGGCGCUGCCGCCCGGGCCCCUGCGCCCCUGACAGGGACAGCGACAGCGACAGGGACGGGGACAGCGACAGCCGUGGCAGCGCCAGCCGGGCUGAGUCACUCCGUGGCCGCCUGGGCUGGUGGGGCCGGGGCCGCCCAGCACCAUCCUCAUCCUCAUCCCUGUCCCCAGAGCUGCCAGCGACCAGCGCCCGGGGGAUCGGAGGGGAAGGGGACGGUGACCACGGGUGCUCCACCGGACCCCCCUCCCUGCAUUCCCUGAGGAUAUUCCCUGAGGAUAAUCCCCCUGGGGUUUUGGGGAAAAUGGCGAGAAAAUGGGGGCUGGAGCCACCUUGGACCUGAAUCCCCCAGGGAUGGGGGAUAACCAGCCCUGGGAGAGGAACCAGAGGGAGCUCGGGAAGUUUUAAUUUAU